AACUUUUCUGGAGAACGUUUGAGCAGGAGCCUACACAUAAAACCUUCGCCAGGAAUUGGCGAUACCUACAGGUGUGGGUUUUUAGGGGGCCUUCAAUAACUGUUUCCAGGUGUGUGUGACGGAGACACUGCAGAGACCAGGUUGUAAAACUGUAGAGGUAAAGGAGAUUAUCAUUCAGAACGAGCAAAUCCUUCACACAGAAACACGAGACGUUGCAGUCGUUUAUGUGGGAGAUGGAGUGGAGGGAGCCCUCAGCUAACUGUGAUGCUGCCCGUUUAGAAGCACAGAGAUGGAUGGAGGCAGUCACUAAGAAGAAGUUUGGGAGCAGCAACUUCCGGAGUUCUCUGGAGAAUGGAGUUCUUUUGUGUGAUCUAGUUAACAAGAUCAAGCCUGGCAUUAUCAAGAGAGUUAACAGGCUUUCCACACCUAUUGCUGGCCUUGACAACGUCAACAUCUUCCUGAAGGCUUGUGCCAGGCUAGGACUUAAAGAAGCCCAACUCUUCCAUCCAGGAGACCUGCAGGACCUAUCCACACGUGUAACUGUUAAGCAUCAGGAGGCUAGCAGGAGGCUCAAAAAUGUUCUGAUAACGAUAUACUGGCUGGGCAGAAAGGCACACAUUGAUCCUUUGUAUAAUGGACCUUACCUAAACCUGAAGGCUUUUGAGGGAUUACUAGGCACAAGACUAUAUAAGGCACUAGAAGAUUGCACGUCUCCACGGGACAUUGUGAGAGAGUGCGAGUUUGGAGACAGCUGGUACUCAGAGAAAAAGGCGAUUUUUCCACUGCAGGCCGGACACAGACGAGAGGACUCUCUGGACAGUUUAGACUCGCUUGGCUCCAGGACUACCAGUACAUCCUCAGAUACCACACUCAAAGGCAGCAGUGAGGGUUGUGGCAGUGACCCUGAAGCAGAGCUGGGCUUCAGAAUGUCAGUAGACAAGGACUCAGUCAGCUAUCGCCGUUCGCUCACUGUUACCCCUAAGACCACCACUCAGUUCAACCAGUUCCUGCCCUCCAAAGACAAGCAGUCGGGUUAUGUACCAGCACCCCUGCGCAAGAGACGCGCCGAGCGCCAUGACGACAACAGACGUAGCUGGGCCAGUCCCAUGUUCACCGAGGAGGAUGGAACCUUUUCUAGUGUUGACAGGUCAGGUACAGGCCCCUCCACCGCCAGUGAAGCAAACACCCAGAGUUCUGUACCAACCACCCGCGUCGCUUGGGUAUACGAGUACGAGAGCAGCGAUUCGGACGGCGACCGCCCGGACCCUGACCUGGUCCUGGAUGACUUGGCUAGCCGUAGAUUUCACAGCCCUUCUCCGGUCACACCCACCAACUUCGCCUUACCCAUGAGCUCAGUGGAGUCCCCGGCUAUGUCCCGAGCUUCAUGGCCACAGGUCACUGUCACUAACGUCCCCCAACAGACGUUGACCUAUCUCAGCAGUGAGUCUGGGUCUCCUCAGAAGGCUGCUAGGAGGCCUGUGUCUGCGGACGUCUACAUGUAUGAGGACUCGGAGGAAGAGGAUGAUGAGAUUGGUUAUGCUGACCCCGUUCAAGAUGACCUUUAUGCACGUAAAGUGGGCCUGAUGGCCCAGACCUCUGCUACUGUACGCUAUGAUAAAUUUCUGCCCAAGUUUUGGACACCUGAGGAGGAUGCACAUGUGCAGAAGAUCAAACUAGGAUCUCAGCGUCGGCCUUGGUACAGAAAGAUCCAGGGCUUCAGCCGGAAGAAGUCUGGCUCAUCCUCGGAGGACUCAGACUGUGAUGUGAAUCCCUGGCUGUGUGUGCGCUCUCCCUUUCGCUCACACUCUGAACCCCCUCCCUCUUACCCCCACACACCUGAAGCCUCGGCUCAGCCCCAUCUCCCCACAGCCCCCAGGUCCAGAUCACAGUCCCACAUACACCCUCCCAUGCAGCCACUCACAGCUGCUCAGCCAAGCGCCGGACCCCCCAGAUUAGAGCUACCUGAUUUCUGGCCCAGGCCAGACCCCACCUCAGGCCCGAGCCUCUUUAAGUGUGAGCGACACCCCCUCCGGGGACGUGAGAACCCCAAGGACCCCUAUAACGUGUCUGAGGACAUCCUACCUGAUUUGGCAAACGAUGACAUGUUCACUCGCCGUACCUGUGCCUUCCGCUCCAGCACCGAGCUGGCCUGGCUAAAAUAUGGAGACUUCCUCACCUCACAUCGCCGGUCAGAGCCGUACAUCCGAGUGGUCAUCCAGCCCCGUAGCGGCCAACCAAUGUACCCAGACAUCGAGAGAGACGAUGUGCUGUACCGAAGGGUCCUGCUUCAGUCCACACAGCGCCCCCCUUCAGGAGCGCCUGAUAACUACCACCCUGUGCCCCUUCCAGAGCCAUGGACACUGCCUCCAAAGCUUCAGGCCAAGCUUCUGUGUGCCCCAUGCCCUCCACCACAGGAGCAGCCAAAGCCAUUGGAGAUACAGAGCGAGGCGGACCACCUGAAAGCAGAUGAUAUGCUAGUCAGAAAGCUGAGGAUGGUGCACAUCCAGGGCAUGCAAAGUCAGAGUACUCCCAGCGUAACUUCAUCCUGCAGCGAAGAGGACCUGCAGAAAUGGCGGGCCAUCAGAGAGGCCAGCCGUCUGAGAUAUAAGAAGAGGCUGAUGGUGGAGAGACUGUUGCAAAAGGACUCGAAUAGUGAUGGGAGCAAGUCGAUGAGUGAUAUUGCUGUUGAGCAGGCAGUAACAAAGCAGGUCCAGUAUGAGCAGCUGCAGAAGGUCCGAGAGCAGAUGAGGGAGAGUGAGGACAAGUGGCAGGAUGAUCUCACCAAAUGGAAGAACAGGCGCAAGAGUGUUAACUCUGAUAUAAUGAAGAAAAAAGAAGAGAGGGAGCAGAUAGAGAGCCUCACUUCAAACAGCAGCACCAGGAAAUCCAAAACCUUUAAAGAGAUGGCAGAGGAGAGGGAGAACAGAGGGCCGGGUAGCUACAGGAGCCGCUUCAGCACCUUCUCCACUUCUGACGACCAGGACGUCUUUGAGGAACCAGCGCCCAGGAGCAAGACAUUACCACCGCGCAGCUACACCAUCGAUAACCCCUAUGCUCUUGGAGACAAACCCAUGGUGCACUCUCUGUCUAGCCUGAGUGAUGAUGAGCCUUUGGCUGGCAGCCUGGCAUCAGACGAAGCAGAUUCUCCACAGAGUCCUCUUAAUACCAGCCCAGGGAACAAGUCAAAGAUGAGUAGCAGCAGUAAAGAAAAUCAAACCAGCAUAUCCAGCAGACGCAACCUCCUAGAUGACCCAAUUCCAGCCAGCAUCACCAGCAAGCCCAGUCUAGCAGAGCCCACCAGCAGCAGUCGGUCCAGCAGCACCAGCAGUCCUCCACUGGAGUCCAACAGCAAAUUCAGCAGCACCACCAAGCCAGUCAAGUCCAGCAGCUCCAUUCGCCCUGUGCCUCAACCCAGGCGUCCCUAUGGAAGGGUGGAGGAGGAUCAAAGCCAGGCUUCUUUGUAUAUGCCCGAUUCAGUGGAGAAAAAGCAGCCGGAGGUGGCUCGAGUUUCCGCCUCACUCCCCAGGAGCUAUCAGAGAUCAGAUAGCGCACGACUCACCUCCGUUGUCACGCCCAGGCCUUUCGGCACCCAAUCCAACAGGGUUGCCUCUCUGCCCCGAGCCUACACGAUGGAUGACUCUCACAAGCGCUUCAAUGGUGAGGCAGAGAGGUCAGAGAAACCAACAGUUCCUAGCCGUUAUGCACCAUUCAUGAAAGAAGAUGAGGCUCACUCCCAGUCUAGUUCUGCUCAUAGCAGUAAUGAGGAUGAGGAGGAGGAGGAAGAGGAGGAGCAAGUGGCUCCAUCUACACAGACCAUCUCCUCUGUCACUCCAGUCAGCAGAGUGUCUCCACAGCCCAAAGCUGUGUCCCCUCUCAACAAUGCACAGCAGGAAAGCUAUAGUGACAUGAGAAUCAGCUUGAAUCAGAAACCUGGCAGCAGUCGUGACUUUGGCUUCCAGAGCACCUGGGACUCCACAGGGGCUUGUGUCAAAUCAAUACAACCAGGCAGUCCAGCACAGCUGUGCCACCUGCAGGUGGGGGAUGAGAUCUUAGCAGUAAAUGGACACAAGGUGGCAGACAUGAGCUAUGAGCAAUGGAAGAGCAGUAUGGAUCAGGCCCUACAGCAGGGCAGCCUACUAAUGGACAUCCGCAGACACGGCAAGAACAACUGGGGCAGAGACCUACCUUCCCUUCCAUUUAAAAGCCAUAAGACGAUCAAUCUGACCAGUGCGGAUCCUCUAGGUUCCCCCGAGACAUACCCCAACUCCAAACUGAGCUUCACCUCCCACCCGGCCGUGGACACUGCCGUGAAAACUCUGAAUGUCAGCUCCCAAAAUGCCAGUAAUCUGGCUCCCAAUGGCAUAAAUGGUGGGAUCCGUGAGGAGCCGGUGACUCUGAGGAACAAAGAAUCAGAACCCAUUUCAUUGAAAAACUUAAAAAGGAGGUCAGAGUUUUUUGAACAAGGGGGAUCUGAAACUACAAUAUCAGAUUUGCCUGUUCCUCCUCUCUCUGCAUCCUCCAACCGUUGGUCCUGGGACCCUGAGGAAGAGCGCAGGAGGCAGGAGAAGUGGCAAAAAGAGCAGGAGCGCUUGCUGCAGGAGAAGUAUCGUCGGGAUCAGGAGAAACUGGAGGAGGAGUUUAGAAAAGCCCAGCAAGAGGCUCUGAAAGAGGGCACAAAACAGUAUGAAGAGGAGAUGAGGAGCCUAGAGCUGGAGCGGCUCAGUAUCAACACCUACUCUCCUCUAUCUCCUCUCAGCCAGGCCAGUCCUUCAUUAGAGGAGCAGGAGGCCUCCAGACUGGCCCUCCAAGAGGAGGAAAGAAGGCAGAGAGAGGAGAACCAGCGUCUAGAGGAGCAGAGGAGAAGAAAAGAGGAACAGGAGCGCUUGGAGGAGGAAAAGAGAAGAAGGGCAGAACAGGAGCGCUUAGAGGAGGAAAAAAGAAGAAGGGUAGAACAAGAGCGCUUUGAGGAGGAGAGAAGAAGAAGGGAGGAACAGGAGCGCCUAGAGGAGGAGAGAAGAAGAAGGGAGGAACGGGAACGCCUAGAGGAGGAGAGAAGAAUAAGGGAACAGCAGAAACGACUAGAGGAGGAGAAGAAGAAGAGGGAGGAGCAGGAGCGUCAGCGUAAGGAGGAGGAGCGGAGGCGCCAGGAGGCCCAGGAGAGGCUUCAGGAAAAUGAUGUGGACUAUGGCAAUACCACUAUUUUUCCUGAGCUAUCCUACUCAGACAGGUUGAAGUCAAAAUCUACGCCAGAGCUUGAUGAAAUGGGAAAAGCAGACACUAAAGGUGUGUAUAAAAAGCACAGGGGCUUGGCUGACUGGUUCUUGGAGGAAGAAUUAAGAAGAAAGAAAGAUCCUCAUAUCCUGAGACAGCAGGCAGCAUCUGAGCUGGAACUAGAGAGGAGAAGCAUCCUUAAUGCUAUGAGAUACAGAAACCCGGAAAGAGCUAUAAGUGGUGGUCUGGGAGAGAAGAAAGAGUCAUUAUCUCAAGCUGAGUUGGAGAGGCAGCAGAUCAUUCAGGAGAUGAAGAAGAAGACUCCAUUACUGACAGACAGCAGCUGGAUCCGCCAGCAAAGCCCAAACAGCAACACCAGUAAAGAACCUAUCAGUCUGCCCAUGAGGAGAGGUGAGUCUUUGGAUAAUCUUGAUUCAGCCCGCCCCUCCUGGAGGUCGUCAUGGACACCAGGCAGCACGUCCUCCAUCCCAGAUUAUAGCCGGCCUUAUUCCAGCUCCUCCUCCCACCGUCCAGCCUCCGCCACACUGCCUGCAUCCCAGUCCCUGAGCUCCCUCAGGCAGUCGUGGGCCACGUCCUCCACUCCUGCCCAGGUCCCUAACCGACAACCAGAGCCUCAGUCACGGAACAGGUCAGUCAGUGGCAAGAAAAUCUGUACUUUCUGUGAAAUGCCCCUGGGCAAAGGAGCGGCCAUGAUCAUCGAGUCCCUGGGGCUCUGUUAUCAUUUACCUUGCUUUAAGUGUGUUGAGUGCAAGGCUGAUCUUGGAGGCUCAGAAGCUGGAGCUGAAGUCAGAAUACGAAACAAACAGCUCUACUGUAACUCCUGCUAUAUGCGAGUCAAAAACGGGCAGCCCACUGACAUGUGACCUCACUGGGUUACAGCAGAUUGAGGAGGAACCUACCCCAUUGAAGUAACCACGAACACUGCAAGCAUUGCCACACGUGCGAACGAUAGGAAAUUUUGUCGAGCUGGCCAUCGAGAUUACACAAUCAGCUUUUUUUUCUUUUGUUUCACUUAUGAAAGGGUGAGAUUAAUAAAUGUGUGCGUUUCCAUAAAAGUAUUAGAGAUUGCUUGUACAGACUAUGAGGGACAUACAUUUACUUGGAACCUAGCAAUGUAUUUGAAAGAAUUAUUGCAUGCCGUGUUCUUAACAAAUGAAACGUGGAUGAUUUCUGGCUGGCUGAACGGAUGUCACUCAAGUUUAUAAAGAGUGGUAGAAUCUGCUGUUUUGUCACUGCUUGUUGAGGCUAUCUGGCUAUCUUUAUGAGUCUUUUGUUAUAUUUGGUGUGUUGUCAAAGAUAUCCUGUCCUUCUGUUCAUUUUUGUGCCUUUCUGUUUAUGAUGGGGAAAGAUAAUUUAGAAUAAACGCAUUAAGAAUAUAUUUUAAAGUGGCAUGGUUUGUAGGUGAAGUUUUAUUUGUUGAUGGCAUCCAGUUUGAGCAUGUAAGGCAUUUAAGCAAGAUUUUCCACAGAGUAAAACAAUCUCAUACAUACAGCAAAAAAGAAAUUGUAUUCUCUAAUAUUUGUAAAUAAAGUUACCAAAACUGAA